UAUUACAAAGCGCACGAGUCUGGGUCGCGACCGGAAGUGAUCUAAUCCCCGUUCGAAGAGGCCCGAAAGACUCGGGGAAUUUCUAUGGAAGAGAUGUCAGGAGAAAGUGUGGUGAGCUUGGCUGUGCCGGCAGCUACAACACGGACCACCUCCUUCAAGGGGUCCAGUCCCAGUUCCAAAUAUGUGAAGCUGAAUGUCGGGGGAGCGCUGUACUACACCACCAUGCAGACCCUGACCAAGCAGGACACCAUGCUGAAGGCCAUGUUCAGUGGCCGUAUGGAGGUCCUAACUGAUAGUGAAGGCUGGAUUCUGAUUGACAGGUGCGGGAAGCACUUUGGGACCAUCCUGAACUACCUGAGAGACGGAGUCGUCCCGUUACCUGAGAGCCGGAGGGAGACGGAGGAGUUACUGGCAGAGGCAAAGUAUUACCUGGUGCAGGGCCUGGUGGAUGAGUGUCAGGCGGCAUUACAGAACAAAGAUGCGUAUGAACCAUUCUGUAAAGUUCCACUGGUGACAUCAUCUAAGGAGGAACAGAGGCUCAUUGCCACUGCAAAUAAGCCUACAGUCAAACUGCUGUACAACAGGAGCAACAAUAAAUAUUCAUAUACAAGCAACUCUGAUGACAACAUGUUGAAGAACAUUGAGCUGUUUGACAAGCUGUCUCUGAGGUUCAAUGGCCGAGUGCUUUUCAUCAAGGAUGUGAUUGGGGAUGAGAUUUGUUGCUGGUCCUUUUACGGCCAGGGCAGGAAGAUUGCAGAGGUGUGCUGCACGUCAAUAGUCUACGCCACUGAGAAGAAGCAGACAAAGGUUGAGUUCCCAGAGGCUCGCAUCUACGAAGAAACCCUCAACAUCUUGCUCUAUGAGUCUCAAGAUGGCCGCGGACCUGACAAUGCACUACUGGAGGCCACAGGGGGCGCCGCAGGGCGUUCCCACCACAUCGACGAGGACGAAGAGAGGGAGCGCAUUGAAAGAGUGCGGAGGAUCCACAUCAAGCGCCCUGAUGACCGCACUCACCACCACCAGUAACCCUGCAGUUUCUCCUCUUUUCAGUGCCUUAAGAACUACCAGCGCUUCGGUUACACCCCUCUGUUUGCACACAGACACGUCAGUUAAGUUUAUCCCGAAUCUGCUUCCUUAGAGAGUCAAAGGGAUGCUCACAGAAUCGCUAGUAUUGAUAAUGAUACAUGAAUGUAGCAUAUAGGGCAGUGCAGCGUUGACCUCCUGUGCAUUUUUGAGGACCUCUCUAAAAAGAUACUAUGAUGGUGUAAAUGUGAAUAGAAAUGCACAACAGAUUGUUAGUUUUACUGCAUUCAUGAACAUGUUGCCCUGUUUGCUAUUCAUAAAGCAAAUUCCAAUGAAUAUACAGUGGUGUGAAAAAGUGUUGGCCCCCUUCCUGAUUUCUUAUUUUUUUG